UGGACUUGUAUGAUGUGUUGUUUAAAUAGAAGAUUAUAAGGACUUAAGAUAAUGUUGCGAUUUUUGGUCACAGCGUUUUUCCUGCAUGCUGGAAAUUGUGUAUAUGGAAUUACAGAUAGUUACGUGCCAGUAUCAGAAGAAAGAGCGCCCGUGGCCGUGGUCGAAGGCGGGGACGCGUUGCUGACGUGCGUGAUCCGACCUAUGACCUCGGACGCACCAGGAGGUGCUGACACUGUGCUCUGGAAGACUGGUAGAGGACAAGUGCUCACCGCCGACUCGGCCAGAGUUACCAAUGAUAGGCGCAUCUCAGUACUGCAUGAUGAAGGUAAGCCAGAUAUUGAAACAAAUUCAAUAAUAGUCAAUAAUAGUCCUUGA